GUCCGCCGCCUGCCUUCCCACACGCGCUCAGAUGGUUUUCAGAGCUCCGCUUGACUUUAUCUCCGCGUCUCGCCUCCUCCUGCCUCAUUUCGCAGAUGCCCCCCCUGUACUGUCCCGGUCCCGGUCGCCGGAGCACCCUCCCGCCGGGUUCCUGUCCUUCGCCCUGCCAGGACUGUGCUUCUCCGCCACGCAGAUCGCCAGCGUGUGUGAGACUCUGGAGGAGACCGGGGACAUCGAGCGGCUGGCCCGCUUCCUCUGGUCUCUCCCGGUAAACACAGAUGGUCGCGACUCCAUCUCCGAGCAUGAGUCGGUGCAGCGGGCUCGCGCCGUGGUGGCCUUCCACACGGGAUGCUAUCGCGAGCUUUACCGCAUCCUAGAGACGCACCGCUUCACGCGCGCCUCACACAGCAAACUGCAGGCCAUGUGGCUGGAAGCUCACUACCGGGAGGCGGAGAAGCUCCGGGGGAGGCCGCUGGGUCCGGUGGACAAGUACCGGGUACGGAAGAAGUUCCCCUUACCCAGAACCAUAUGGGACGGUGAGCAGAAGACGCACUGCUUUAAGGAGCGCACUCGAGGGCUUUUGAGAGAGUGGUACCUGCAGGAUCCAUACCCCAACCCGGGAAAGAAGCGGGAGCUGGCCCACGCCACAGGGCUGACCCCGACUCAAGUAGGGAACUGGUUUAAGAACCGGAGACAGCGGGACCGCGCAGCAGCAGCUAAGAACAGGUUGCAGCACCACCGCAUCUGUCCAGACAGUGCGUGCACUCUGAGUGGGGGAGACAGCAGCGAGCGGGCAGAUGGAGACACGUUCCUCUCAGUAACGGACAGUGACUCUGACUUGGAUGUCUAAAGAUUUUCUUUCUGAAAAAUUUUUAACAAUGAGGAGAUAAGGACACUAAGUUGGGGAAACAAGACCAAGACCAAGUUGUGUGGUUUAAAAAAAGACAAAUCCAGGGAUAAAUUAGAUGCAUCCCAUUUCUUAUUGUUAUUUCGCAUUUUAGAGAAAUGUCCGAAUGAAAAACAGUGAAUGUUAUUUCAGGUUUUCAAACAGUCUUUUCCAUUUCUUUAACUAGAUUGUCUUUAUUGGAUCAAAAUUACUGAUUUUAACUAUCAGUUUGAUGUUAAACUCCUCUGGAUCUAUCCCAUAUCAUGCUGGAUUUCUGUAAGACUUGACAGACUGAAAACUCCAAAAAAUAAGACCUCAUUAUCUUCAUGCCAUUUUUAUUGAACAUUUUCCCCAUUAGAUCCCCCUGGAGUAUUGUUGGGUGUGUAUUGCUGUAGACAAUCAAUACCAGCAAAUUCUACCUCCUUUUGUACCUGAUUAAAGCUUAGUUGCUUCUGUUUUCAUUUUGCUUUCACCACAGUUUCCUUCAAGGCUCACUGUGAAGUUUGUGUCAAAGCUGUGUGUUUCUAAGCUGGAGAUAAAUAAAUACUUCAGUAUUUUAUAUGAAUAA